UUCUCCUACUCCUCCUGCGAUAUACCCGCACUCUUCUGUUCCUGCCACAAUACGUCACGCGAUGCAACAACAACUAGUGGGCGCAGCAGCAGCAGAACACGCAGCAGCAGCAGCCGCAACAGCAGUCGCAACAGCAGUCGAAAACGCAGCAGCAGCAGCAGGAGCCAACCACUUGUUCGAUUGCCCGCACUCCGAUAACAGCCAAUCGCGAGCAAAAGGACUAUAAUCGAUCUUCAAUCGACAAAUCGAUUCGUUUUUUUGUUUUUUUUUUGCACGUACAAAAACCCCACAAACCCUAAAAAUCUAAAAACUAAACCCACCAAAAAAAAAGGAUAAUUACCCCUUAUUUUUAGUCGUUUUGUUUUGUUUUUUUCGUCAAUUGAUUGUGAUUUUGAAACUGUGUGAUCGCAAAAGAAAAUCUGCAAAUUAGCUAAAAAGAAAGUUCCUUAAGCAAGUGAUAAUCCGAUAGAAACUCUGAAGACAGGAAAAGGAAAGAGAGCACCCUGAGAUAUAUAAACACUAUAUGCAAAAUAUACACGCACCAUAUAAACGCUAUAUAUAAACCACGUAUAUUAAACCGCAAACAUACAUAUAUAUCAAGAGCCCCGAUCUUGCGAUCUUUGUAUAUCGAGGAAUACAAAGGAAACCCAUUAAGACCGUCGAAACCCGGAACAAACAGCAUGCAAAUAUGAUUCCCGAAGUGCCGGCGUCCAAAAUCCUUGUAGUCCUGGCCACCUUGGUAGCCGUGGUGACGCUGAUCAGCAGUUGGGUUCCCCAGGUGGCGGGUAGUCCAGUUGGACCCACGGAUUCUGGCAAUGAGCAAAGACGAAUGCUGUGCUCCAGCCAACUCACUGAUGUGAUACAGGAUAUCUGCAAAUUCGGAACGAUGCCCCACUACACUGCUUAUCCUAGUGGGAAGCGCAGGAAGCGAACCGCACAGAAUGUUGCCGAUCUGUGCUGCAAACCGGGAGGAUGCUCCUACAUGGAUCUUAGAAAUUACUGCAUACCUGGGGUCGAUUAAUACACUCCACCACACAAAAACACGCCACCCCACUCUAAACCAUCCCACUUCCAUCAAUUGUAACCCUUAAGAUAAAAACGAACAAACAGCAGUCUCCCUUAGAGUACACUAAGUAUAUGUUACUAAUUUAAACCAUACAUUAACUCAAUUCUGUACAAUAAAAGAAAUUCAAAUGAG